CCUAUGCCCAUUUCAGUGAUCAGAGGAAGGAUUAUGGGUUACAGUACAGAGCCACGGAGAACAUUGUUCUAGCUGGCAUCUGACUGGAGUUUAGGAACUUUCUAGGCCCCUGACCCGUGUGCGUUAAAUCUUUAACCGAGAUCUGCCAAUUGGAUUGCAAAUCUUGCUCAGUGAGUAGAAGAGUGACCACUGCCAAAGCCCUUCAGCACCAUGGCUCAGUAUGACCAACUUGAGGAUAAAGACUCACUGGACAUCCAUGAUAACCCACCAGUCCCUGAUAACGUAGUCAGAGAGGAUGAAAACACUGUAUAUUUUGUGUAUGAUGAAGAGGUAGAGGAGGAGGAGGCUCCUCCGCCCCCCACCCCUGAGCCUGUAGUGAUGGUGAAUGACAGGCCACAUAAGUUUAAGGACCACUACUGCAAGACGCCCAAGUUCUGUGAUGUCUGUGCUCGAAUGAUUGUCCUCAAUAACAAGUUUGCCCUGCGCUGCAAGAAUUGCAAGACCAACAUUCAUCAUGCCUGCCAGUCAUAUGUGGAGUUCCAGAGAUGCUUUGGCAAAAUACCACCAGGUUUCAGACGAGCAUACAGCUCCCCGUUGUAUGAUCAGGAGAUAAAUAACCCUGGCCAUCAAAAUCGCAGUGACCCAGUCUUUGAUACACUGCGUGUUGGGGUUAUCAUGGCCAAUAAGGAGAGGAAGAAGGCAUCAGAAGAUAAAAAGAAUAUGAUGAUGAUGAUGAUGGAAGAGGAAGAGGCCCAGCAGCCAAAAGAGGAUGAAGAAGGGGGGGAAGGAAAGCCGGAUGGAGAUAAGAAAGACAAGACAGCUACAGAUGACAAGAAUAAGAAGCAGCAGCAGACCUUCAGUCAGUCUCACUACUACAUGGCUUUGUACCGCUUCAGAGCAAUAGAGAAGGACGACCUGGAUUUCCACCCUGGAGAUCGUAUUACAGUUAUUGAUGACUCUAAUGAAGAAUGGUGGAGGGGUAAGAUUGGAGAGAAGACAGGUUACCUGCCAAUGACUUACAUCAUCAGAGUGCGUGCAGGAGAGAGAGUCUACAAGGUCACUCGAUCAUUCGUGGGGAACAGAGAGAUGGGCCAGAUCACGCUAAAGAAAGACCAGAUUGUGGUGAAGAAAGGAGAGGAGGUGAAUGGCUAUCUGAAGGUCAGUACAGGCCGCAAACUGGGCUUCUUCCCCGCUGAUCUGCUGCAGGAGAUCUAAAUUGCACCAUCGGUCCACCCUGCCGGAGAACAACAAACUAGAGUGUAAUAUGUUGCUUGUCAUGUUAUUCUGUAUUCUGUAGUGGGCAUUCUAUCCCUUGGCCUCAUUAGUUUGACAUAAUUAUAUAUCAUUUUUACAUUUUCAUUCACCACUGCACCCCCCCUACAAUACCCAGCAAGCAUAAUGCAAAUACAUCAUAUAAACACUGGGAAUCCCUGUGGUAUCAACCAAUCCUGACUUAGUGACUAAAACAUAGGCUAACAAAUACAAACAUGCUAACAUUAAUGUAAUGCUGCCUUCAAGUCCUCCUCGGAAGUUCCAGCUUAUCACUUGUUCUCUUAUCACAGUUGACUUUAUCUAGUUCGAAACAUCUUUACAUGUCCUUCAGUUUGGACUUAGAUAUCUUUACAUGUGCUUCAGUUUGGAUUUAGAUAUCUUUACAUGUGCUUCAGGUUAGAUUUUGAUAUCUUUACACAUGCUUCAGUUUGGAUUUUGAUAUCUUUACACAUGCUUCAGUUUGGAUUUUGAUAUCUUUACACAUGCUUCAGUUUGGAUUUAGAUAUUUUUACACAUGCUUCAGUUUAGAUUUAGAUAUCUUUACAUGUGCUUCAGGUUGGAUUUUGAGAUCUUUACACAUGGUUCAGUUUAGAUUUUGAGAUCUUUACAUGUGCUUCAGUUUGGAUUUUGAUAUCUUUACACAUGCUUCAGUUUGGAUUUUGAGAUCUUUACAUGUGCUUCAGUUUGGAUUUAGAUAUCUUUACAC